AAAUGUUAUAUCGCACCGGCUUUAGCCCGCAGGUCAAUUUGGCGAGAACAAAGUUUUGCAAGUUUUGGCGUUUUUGAAUGGAAGAGUCCAUGCAUUCGCAUUUCGCAUUGUGAUUGCCAUGUACGAGUAUGAAACUACAACAGAUGUCAACAUAAAACAUCAACCGCAAUUCGCGCGGUUAAUCUGCUGAUUGUAGUAAUAAGCACAAAAAUGGACCACGGUGCUAGUACGAUCGCUCCCGAUGUUACGCAGUGCGGACAGCGGAUGUGGCCCGUUUUCUUGGCAUCAUGUCUGGUGUUCGCCGCCGUAAUGGGAUUGGGAUUGGCCGUUGCCAGAUUAAUAUGGGCCAUUCGUGAUUAUCGCAGGAGCAAGCCACGGUACAAAUUAGUGGCAGACGGCCGCUCUCCCGGUCCGAAUAAACUUCGUGAACAGGCCAGCUGUAUGUCUACGGUGAAAUUUAUUGUGGGAGAAUUUAUGUCGGCAUCCACUUUCAGCGGCAAGGCAGUGGCCUUUUUGGAAUUUGGCUUAGGAAUGACGGUGCUGUUUAUUUAUUAUGCACGUGUUUCGAGAUACACAAGUGCCACUGUGGAAAGCUGUGUCAUCUGGAGCGAACGACUGGAUCUGCAAAUUGAGUUUGUUUGCAAUAUCAUCCUGCUCUGCAUUUUUAUACUUCGAUUUAUCGGCGCCAUGGACACACUGGAGUUUCUAAUAUCGCUCGACGCAAUAGUCACCUAUUUUACGAUUCCUCCGUCGUUUGUUACCGUAAUCCUUAGUCGUGAUUGGAUUGGAUUACGAUGCCUACGUGCUUGUCACUUGUUGUCCAUUCCUCGAUAUGUAUUCUACUCCCGUUUAAUCAGGAAAGCCACUUUAUUGCGGCUGAUGCAUAUCUGCACGAUUGUGGCUACGGUUAUUUUGGUGGCAGCAGGGAUAUUUCACUUGCUGGAUUUGACCGGGGAUGACUGGGUGGACAACGUUACCGGCAAACAGGAAAAAACCUAUUGGGAAUGGGUGUAUAUGUCAGUUGUCACUUUGUCGACUGUUGGGUAUGGAGACAUCUCACCGAAAUCAACGCUUGGUCAAGUGUUUUGCGUCAUGUUUAUCAUUGGAGCACUGGCGUUAUUUGCCUCUUCUAUACCAGAAAUUCACGGAAUCAUCAGCAACUUGCAAAAGUUUACAAAACCUUACCGACCGGCACGGGGCACGCAACACAUAAUUGUUUCCGGCAACAUUACCAUCGAAACCAUGCGGUCCUUGGUUAAUGACCUUAGUCGGCCAGACCGACGUCAGAGGAAACUGGAUAUCGUCUUUGUUAACCCAGAAGAACCGGAUAUCGAAAUGAAGUCAUUUCUUAAGGAAGUGCAGACGUAUGUGCGCUACGUGGAAGGCAGUCUCCUGCAUGCUGCCUGCUUGCAGAACACGAAGGUCCACGAGGCCGAAGCAUACCUCCAUCUAGCUAAUCGACGAUCGGAUGAUCCCGAGAAAGAUGAUUCCACGACCUUACUUACGGUGGCCAGUGUUAAGAGUGCCAAUCCGUAUUUGCGGUGUGUGGUGCAAAUUCUGCAAAGCAGUACAAAGUCGCAGUUUAGCAGCAUCCCGGGUUUUCUGAUGAAGCGCGGCGAUGCGGUGAUUUGCUUCAAGAGCUGGAAUUGGCGCUGACCGCGCAGAACUGUUUGGCGCCGGGCUCAUCAACACUCCUCUCCAAUCUCAUACGC